AUGUCACCCAGCUUCCGCAUCCAAGACGUCGCUGGCAAAGGUACUGGAGUGACAGCUUCCGAGAACAUCGCCACCGGAACACUGAUCCUGGCCGAACGUCCGCUCAUCACCUUCGAGCAAGAAGCGCAGCAAGACGCUUACGUGCGCUCCAUCCUCUCGCAGCUGAAGCAGAUGCCCAACGCCGACCAGAAAGACUUCUUCGCCCUGAGCAACAACUUCAAAGCCAUGAAACCGAUCGAAGGCAUCGUCAAGACCAACGCCAUGCCUCUCGGGAGAGGCUCGUCGUCCGGAGGCGUGUUCCCGACGUGCUCGCGAUUCAACCACAGCUGCACGGCGAACGCCGCGUAUUCCUGGAACGAGGGACAGAAAGAGGAGCGGGUGUAUGCGACACGAGAUAUCAGCGCGGGGGAGGAGAUCGUGGUCAGUUAUCUGAAUGAAGAGAUUUGGCGGUUGCCGAGGCAAGAGAGGAAGAGGCAGAUCUUGGAGACAUUCGGAUUCGACUGCCAAUGCGUGCGCUGCGGGAGUUCCGAACAACCCGACCACCUCGGAAGCGACAGACGCCGGACCCGACUUGCGGAGAUCGAUCAGGCCGUCGGCGGCGGCAUGCUCAUCAUGCUGAACCCUGGCAAAGCGCUCUCGUUCUGUCGGGAAGCUCGGCAAUUGUUGGAGGAUGAAGGUGAAGGUGCGACACAUCUCGAAUCGGUGUACUACGAUGCCUUUCAGAUCUGUGUGUGCCAUGGCGAUCUCGCCCGCGCAAAGGUCUUCGCAUCUUUGGCGGCUGAUGCGAAAUGUGCUUGGCAGGGGGUCGACGCUGGUGGUAUUGGAGAGUACGAAGCGAAUGUACGAGCGCCAGAAGCGCACAGGCUGGCAUUCACAACCAAGAAGUGGUUCACGGUGGGGAAGGCGGGAGCCAUGCCGCCGGUGCCGCAUACCGACCAGUGGCUGUGGGAACGCGCCACUUGA